AUGCUGGAAGACACGAACGCUGAGCUUUGGAAAGAACUCACGGAGAAGUCUUAUGAUCCAUCAAAGCUACCCGAAGUCGAGGAUGAAUAUGACGAAGGAGCUGAGGUCGACGGAUUUCUCAGAAGCAACAGCUUCAAGAAAGCCCAAGAAAGCGGUUGCAAAAAAACAGAUACGACAACUGAUGCUCAGCCACCUUCCUCUUCGAAGACUAUUAAGCCUAGCAGUGCUACUUUUACUUACACGAAGCGUGAAUACGAUUGGAAAAAGGUCAAGGAGUCGAAAAAGAUUUUCUUGAUCUUUGGAAUUGAGCACUUUGAUAAGUCGUGCGUUUGGAUUGAUGAUAAGACUGGAAAGCGGACUAAAACUGUGGUCAAUAAAAGAGAUGGUGCAAAGGAAGAUAUCGCAAGGCUAACUAAAACGAUGGUGCGCCUUGGCUUCGAAGUUCGUAUUUAUCAUAAUCCUUCGAAAUACGUCGCGGAGGAUAUUCUGAAAAUCUUCAAAAAGAUUGACCUGUCGAAUAUCGAAGUAUUCGGCAUGGCUAUUUCGUCCCAUGGAAGUGCGAAUAACAUCAUUUAUCUGAAGGACACUCAUACGGAUUUGAAUUUCUUCGUGGAUCCAAUUAAGUCGAACAUAACUCUGGCCGCGAAACCGAAGCUGUUCUUUGUUAAUGCAUGCCGGGGAAAGGGAAUCGGCAAGACGCAUCUUGUAGCUCAAGGAAACACAGUACAAAAAAGAUGGCCGUAUGAUGCUGAUUGUUUGAUCCACUUCUCGACGAUUGAAAAACAAGUUUCCCUGAGAGACAGGAAAACUGGAAGCUAUUUCGUUUCAGCCCUGUGCGAUGUUUUUGAUCAGCUGAAAAGUACAAACCAGCGAGACAUUCACGAGGUGCUUGCUGAAGUCAAUCGCAAUGUAGCGCGUUUGGAUCCUACUCCUAUCGAGGAUCGAGGAGAAGUGCUCCAGAUACCAGUUAUUCAAUCUACGCUCACAACGUUCCUUUAUCUCGCUCCCCCAUUUGACUGGACUUAUGUUUGA